AUGAAAACUCGAGUGGUCAAGUUAGAAUGUGGAGACUUUCAUGUCGUGUUGUUGCAUGAAGAUGGUUCUGUUUCUGUCGCAGGAAGUAACAAUUUUUCUCAAUUAACACCAAAAGCCAAGUUUAGUGGCGACAACGUUUUUUGUACAUUGGAUCUGAACUAUUUAUCAGUUCAGGAUAUAUUUUCAGGAAGUAAUUCAAUGAUUUAUGUCAAAGAUGUUUACAACACCUCCAAAAUAAUUUAUUAUGCUGGAGCAGCAAUGCCGUCUGAGUUUGUGCCAUCUCAAAACGAACCAAUGGAAAUUUCUGAAAUUCGUCAUGAAAAAGAGAAUGAAAUUUCGUUAAUUUCUGGAAGCAAUAGAGAACUUUUUGACGUUCAAUAUACAAAAGACUUUUGUUUAUUAAGGUAUUGGGAUCGUCCUCACCUUUUGUUUUUGUACGGAUGUCGCUAUUAUCCAUACAAGAAAAUUGAACAAACCAUGGUAGAUUUGUCGAAACUAUUUCCUUAUAAUCAAUUCACCACAAGCACGAAUUUCUAUAGAGAUAUUUUACAGGUUAGAGUUCAAUGUUUGGGUUUUGCAAUAUAUUGUGACUUUCAAAAGCAUUCCAAGUCGAGGAUGUUUCAACAACUUUUCAAAACUCUAGAUUCAGAAACCCCAAACCAUCACCUUUUAUAUGACAUUUCAAUUAUUUAA